AUGGUCCUCACCGCAUCCGCAAGCACCAAACGCAAGAACGAUGAGAACGUGUCUGCUGCCGCGCCCCCCAAGAAGGCGCGUGUCGCUGGAAACGGCACCCACGCUGCGGCUGCUGUGCUUUUAAAAACGAUACUCGCCAACCCCAAGUCUUUCCCCGCUCCGGCGAGCGCAGAAGCUGUCCGAGACGCGCUCGUGGAUCUCGCCGUCUACGCAAAUGCUCUCGAGGAACAGAACCGCGCACUUCGCGUUGCGAACAACGCCAAGCCCGUCGCUCCCGUUGCAAAGGCCGUCAAGUCCAAGGAUGAACUCGAGGUGGAGGCCGAAAGGAUCCGAAAUGCCGCUCAGAACGGAAUCAUCAAGCAGAUGGCGUGGAAACCUACCUGCAAGCAAGGACGAGCGAAGUGGUCGUACGACGGCUUCUGCCCUGACCCCGAGGUCUUCGGUGUGCUCAUGGGGCUCGGAGGGCCGCCGAAGUUCAAGGUGAAGAAGUUUAAGGCGGAGGCGUUUGAAGAGCUCAUCGGAGAACUCGACCGCUCCGUGAGGCACGUAUUCCCGUACGAUGUGCUACACAUCACGAGUGCCGAUGUCACCGUGCGCUGGAACGAAACCGGCGAGUUCAAGUUCAGCGGAUCGUACGGCAAACUGCCGAAGAAGGACUGA